AUGGCGAACAACGCUAUAUCAAACCCAAAUCUGUGCGAGAUCACAAUAGAACGUAAGAACAAACUGCCAAUAAAAAAGUUGGCAAAAAGAAACUGGCAAAGUGGACAACGCUGCGAAAUCACCGAAGCAUGUGUCCAAGAUCUCGGUUUCUCCACUAUUGAAAAGAACGGGGAGAAGAGGAAGUCCUUACGGCUUCGUUGGGCUCCGAAAGCUGCCGCGAGGACUCUGGAAGAUGAGUUCUUCAUAGUUCCCGAAGGCGACCACGAGAUCGUUUUGGGCCAGGAGGCCUGCGACAAUUGGCAUUACGCCAACAACCCCGGAAUCUAUCCCUGCUUCAUGAAGAAAGUAUCGAGGGAAACAGUGGCGAAGAAGGAAGAGGAGAAUAAGACUCGACACGCACAAGAGAUAGCCGCAGAGAAGGCGAAAUGGCUCGAGAUUUUGCAGAAAGAGCGACCGAGUCCGUUGAGCGAAACCCCUGCGUCACACCUCUGA